CCGACCCGACCCGGCUUUGCUCGCUUCCCCUCUCUGUUUGCACCAAACCCCCCCCCCCCCGUAGCAAUCGACGGCCUGGAUUCGCCGACCAUAGUCUCCGAUAGACGACGUCAUUUCCCGGCCAUACGUUCCAUCUAAAAACACUCACAUGUAUAUCUAUAUCUAGGUCGGGUUUCUGAGGACCAGUCGACGUUCAUGGCCUCUUCAGACGAAGAAGAUGAAUCCCUCGCCCAAUUCCUCGAAUCAGAGGUCCUUGCGUUCUCCGACCAGGAUGAAGGAGUUGAGGAGGAGGAAGAAGAAAGAGCCUUUAAGAAAAUGAGGUUUGCAAAAGACGAGGAUGAGAUAGAGGGAAUGGAGAAGUAUAAGCUUGAGGAGGAACAUAAGAAAGUAGCAAAAAGAGUUAUUGUUGAAGAGGCAGGACAAGUAGAAUCAGUAGUGUCAUCUCCAUUGUCAAGUGGAUCAUUGGAGAUGAACAAUACAUAUAAUAAAGAAAGAAAAAGCAGUGCUAGCAGAUGCAAUGCUCUUUGGGCUCUCAGGUGGAUGGAAACCGGUGUUUUUUGCAAAAUACCUCCUGAAUGUCUUCAUCACAUACUCAAAUUCCUUUCCUCAGAGGAUCUUGCUGCUUGUUCUCUCUCCUGUAAAUUCUUAAAUUAUGCUGCAUCUGAUGAAUCAUUGUGGCGUCGACUUUAUUGUAUGAGGUGGGGUCUCCUUCCACCAAAUAGACCACGGGAAUGUGCUUGGAAGUUGAUGUACAUUCAGCGAGAUACGGAUGACAUGGCUGAGUUUGUUAAGCACUGUCCAUCUGAAUUCAAACAAUAUUACAUCCAAAUGCAAGCAGCAAAAAGAAGUCAAGCUCCUCUUCUUUCACAGGUCAACGAUGAUCAUAUAAUACUUGACAAGACCGUUGCUGACCAAAUCUCCAUUUGGAAGAAAAACAAAGGAUUUAGUGAUGAAGUGUUUGCAGAUCAUGCUUGCUCUGGGGAGACAUGCACUUACUAUCAAAUUAAUGAUGUGUUUGUUUGUGAGAAUACUGGACAUGUGCAUGUAUGUGAUGAUGCAUGCAAAGAAGUCGUUCUUGAUCCAACAAAUGAACUCUUGGUGUGCACGAUUUCAGGUCACUGCUUUGACAGAAUGUUGUCACCAUCAGAAAUAGAAGCAGAUGCGGAACUGCAGCAGGCCAGCGGGAUUGAUGAAGCGGAACCAUUCAUGGGAUCUGGUCGAUUCGCACGAGCUUAUUCGUUGGGUUACAACUGUGAUGAUGAGAAGGAACUAGAAGCUGCUUUGAGGUUCUGCUGAAUGGGGAGUAUAUUGAUUGUAUGUAUAGUUCUGUAUCAACUUUGGGACACUGGACCAUAGCGACAGAGAGGGGAGAGUUGGUCCUCUAUGAGACUGGCUGGACCGCGACAGAGUGAUGUUCCAAUAAUGGUGUUUUACUCAUAGUUAUUGUUAUUAUGACUUCAUAAUAAAAACAAUCUUUCUAUUACCUAAAAUCUUUGUUAGUUGUACUCUGUAGUAGGCAAUGUAGUAUGAUUGGCUUUUAUUGUAAG